CGGCGGCGCUAACGAACCUGCGACGCGCCCGGAGCAGCGCAGCGGUGCGUCGGUCGCAGCUCCAACUACGUUAUUCAAGCCAUAACUGUGCUGAAGAUUCCCUCCAUGCAUCUCCAUCCCUGGAUGUAUCUUACAUUAUAGUGUUUGUUUAGAUUUUAUUUAUUUAGAGGUUGUUUUUUUUUAACCCACUCCAGGAGAGCAUAUAUGCGGACUUUUGCGCGGAUUGCCGAGGUGCCACCACCGGGAGUGAGUUUGGCAACAUGCGCCGCCGGGAUAUGAUUUUCAACCGUCAGGCUUAUGGAAUAUAGCCCGGCGUGCCACAGCCUCUGGUCGAGCACCGUGAAGAAGAAACUCGUACUGCUCAGCAUCAUGUUCUUACUCUGGGUGUACUUGCUGUACUCCUGCGUGGGCUACUGCUCCACGAUGCCAACGCUGGCGGCGGUGGACGGUCGCCGGGGCAGGGAGACCGGCCCGGCGGCGGUGGCCAAGAGGGCGGAGGGCGGCGGGGCGGACCUGGUGUCGCGGCUGCUCGCCCAGCCGCAGCCGUGGGAGGAUGUCGAGAGCGACUACGAGGAGCCGUCCAUCAGGACCGCCGCGUCCCGGGACCUGCUCGAUGACGAGCCGGACGCGGACAGAGCCGACGAGUGGGACGAGGUGCGCGGCGAGCAGCAGCAGCAGCAGCAGAGAGCCCCGGAGCCCAGCGCCAUGUCGAGCUUCUCCAACGGCUCCGGCAGCAAGAAGCUGCCGCAGGCGAUCAUCAUCGGCGUGAAGAAGGGAGGCACCCGCGCGCUGCUGGAGUUCCUCCGGGUGCACCCGGACAUCAGGGCCGUGGGCGCGGAGCCGCACUUCUUCGACCGCAACUACGACAACGGACUCGAGUGGUACAGGGAGCUGAUGCCCAAGACGCUGGAGGGCCAGAUCACCAUGGAGAAAACCCCCAGCUACUUUGUGACCAGAGAGGCUCCGGCGCGGAUCGCCGCCAUGUCCCGGGACACCAAGCUGAUCGUGGUGGUGAGGGACCCCGUCACCAGGGCCAUCUCCGACUACACGCAGACGCUGUCCAAGAAGCCCGACAUUCCCUCCUUCGAGAGCCUCACCUUCAAAAACAGGACUACGGGGCUCAUCGACACCUCGUGGAGCGCCGUGCAGAUCGGCAUCUACGCCAAGCACCUGGACAACUGGCUGCAGUACUUCCCCAUGGACCAGAUCCUGUUCGUGAGCGGCGAGCGGCUGAUCAGCGACCCGGCCGGAGAGCUGGGCCGCGUGCAGGACUUCCUGGGGCUCAAGCGGAUCAUCACGGACAAACACUUUUACUUCAACCAGACCAAGGGCUUCCCUUGCCUCAAGAAGGCCGAGGGCAGCAGCAAGCCCCACUGCCUGGGGAAGACCAAAGGCCGCACCCACCCGAACAUUGACCCCGAGGUGGUGCAGCGGCUGCGGGACUUCUACCGGCCCUUCAACAUGAAGUUCUACCAGAUGACGGGACACAACUUUGGUUGGGAUUGAUGUGAAGGUUUUUUUUUACGAGAGACAUUAUUAUAAUUUUUGGUUUUCUUCCUCCUCCUUUGUAAUUCAACGGCAAGAUGUGGAAAUAUUGCUAUAUAUAUGUAAAAUGUACAGAAAAUCUAUUUUAUAAUAAUUUAUUUUUAUUUCUAAGCAAUUAAUUCACUAAGCUGCCUAACCAUAUUUUUGUACAUAAACAUCUGACCCACAUCUG